CGGAGUGGCAGAGCAGAGAGAAACUAGAGGGAGAGGAUUUGGAAGAUGGUGUCUAGCGGUGUGGUUUUUACCUGGUUGCUCUUCGCUCUGACAACGGCGGUCUCAGCAGUUCACCUGGAGCCCAUGGUGGAGGAGCUCAAUGAAACGGUGUUUUGUACCAAUGACCACAUGGACGUCAUGAUUCCAAGUGUUUUUUUCCUCAACAAGGUGCCUCCAGUUGAUGUCGAUGAUUUGCAUCUAAAUGAUCCGGAAUGCAGAGGAGAGGAAAUCGGGGCCAACUUCGUUUUUAGCAUCAGGACGAAUCUCUCAGACUGCGGGACCAUAAUGGUUUCUGAUGAUACACACAUCAUGUUCAUCAACACCAUACACAAUAACUAUUCAGACAUCAUCACGAGAAACUACAUAAACAUCACGUUCGUGUGCCGCUACCCCAUAAACUACAUGGUCCAACAACCCAACAGCGAAAACAUGAUCCGAGUGGACGUCCGAAGCAUCACCCUGAACACUGAGGAUGGAAAUUUCUCAGUGUCAAUGCUGCUGUACAAAGACGAAGCCUUUGAGGACAUGUGGAGAACUGUGCCGUCCCUGACCCUCGAUGAAAACAUCUUUGCCAAAGUUUUUAUGAUACCGGCUCACUUGAUGCUCCGUUUGGAGAGAUGCUGGGCCACACCCACCAGGGAUCCAUACGGCAACAUUCAGUACACCUUCAUCAGAGACAGUUGUCCAGUGUUGGCCAACAAACAGACUCUCAGCGUCUUGAAGAACGGCGAAGGUCCAGAGGCCAUGUUCAGGAUACAGAUGUUUAAGUUUGUCGGCAGCUCUUACGCUUACAUCUUCCUGCACUGCAAUGUCCAGAUCUGCCACAGCAGCCUGAGUGUGUGUAAGCCUAACUGUACCACCGAAGACGGACAGAUGAGGACACGGAGAGACGCCCCACUGUCCCACACCGUGUCCUAUGGCCCAAUCAGACGACUGCUCACCGCCAGUGAAAAACCCAAUCUAAAUCCCAGCAGUUUCCCUCCGGUGGAGACUCUUGUCCUGGGAGGUUUGCUGGUCGUCUUGCUGCUCAUCACUGGGGUGUUUGGGAGGCUGUGGCUUCGCUCCAGGCGUUUCUACCCACCACAGGAGGCCCAGCUCACCCUAUCUAACAUUCACCACAUCUCAGAGGUGGCUUCAUGAAGUGAAGCUUUUAUAGCA